UCUUCUCUUUGUCCAAACAACAACAUUUAUAGAUUGUUGUAACCAAGCAAAGAGCAAGGAGAGAAAAGGGUUUUCUUCUACUUUUUAUAGCCUUCUCGUCUUGUGUCAUGUCCAUUUUUUCCUUGUUUACUCGUUAAAUAAAGAAGAAAUUUUUAGAAAAACAAACGUAACUGAAAAAUUAUAAUGGUUAGAGCAUUAGAUCGUGGGCACAGCAUUCAGAAAUCUAUAUCUUUUCACUCAAAAAAAAUGUCUCCUCGUAAACAAACACGAAGCAUGGUCUUUGAUAAUGGAAGCGACAGUGGAGGAAAUGUUGAUGAUAAUGAAAGCCAAAGGCCAUCAUCAUUAACGAGAGAACGAACAUUAGACAGGGGACUUGCACUUACUCGUGAAAGAGGUACCCUUUCGCGCUUGGAAUCUAUUACUUUCACGGUUCCGGCAGCUAGUAGUCCCGUAGAAAAGCAACCGCAACCGCAACCGCAACCGCAACUGCAACUGCACCCUUCAGAUAUGGAACUGAUGAAGGAAAAAUUUGCUAAGCUGCUUUUAGGUGAAGAUAUGUCAGGUGGUGGAAAGGGUGUAUCCUCAGCUUUGGCUUUGUCAAAUGCCGUUACAAAUCUUGCUGCAUCGAUUUUUGGUGAACAACGGAAAUUAGAGCCUAUGGCUCCGGAAAGAAAAUCAAGGUGGAGAAAAGAAAUAAAUUGGCUUUUAUCUGUAACUGAUCACAUAGUUGAAUUUGUUCCUUCACAACAGAAAUCCAAAGAUGGAGUAAAUAUGGAGAUAAUGGUGACGAAACAAAGAAACGAUCUGCAUAUGGACAUCCCUGCCCUGCGCAAGCUCGAUGCCAUGCUUAUUGACUGCCUAGAUUGCUUUGGAGACAAAAAUGAAUUCUGGUAUCCGUCUGGAGAUGAGGACUCAGGAAGAGGGAGCACACCAAGGAACGAUGACAAAUGGUGGAUUCCAAUUGUUAAGGUUCCAACAAAUGGGCUGUCAGAUGCGGCACGAAAAUUGAUGCACUCUCAGAAGGAAUCUGUGAAUCAAGUUCUCAAGGCAGCCAUGGCCAUAAAUGCUCAAGUACUAUCAGAAAUGGAGAUCCCUGAAAGCUACAUCGAAUCACUCCCCAAGAAUGGAAGAUCAAGCCUUGGGGAUUCAAUUUACAAGAGCAUAACUGUAGAGCUUUUCGACCCGGAACAGCUCCUCUCGACCAUGGACUUGUCAACAGAACACUUGGUGCUUGAUCUGAAGAACAGAAUUGAAGCCUCAAUUGUGAUUUGGAAGAGGAAAAUGCACCAUAGUAAGGACAGUAAGUCUUCCUGGGGUUCAGCUGUGAGCUUGGAGAAAAGAGAACUCUUCGAGGAGAGAGCAGAAACUAUCUUACUCUUACUCAAACAGCGAUUCCCAGGCAGUCCACAAUCUGCCCUUGACAUAAGUAAAAUCCAAUAUAACAGGGAUGUCGGACAGGCAAUUUUGGAGAGCUAUUCAAGAGUAAUAGAAAGUUUGGCCUUCACAGUAAUAUCUAGGAUUGAAGAUGUACUAUAUGCUGAUUCGUACGCUCAAACUUCACCACUAUCAGAAUCCAACGAGGUUCCUGCAAUGGAGUCUCCAGGAUCAUCAAUAAAUAACCCAGGUGAAGAGUGGGACAAAACUUGUCCAGAGACUCCAAAUUCAAAGACUCUCUCAGAUUUUAUGGGUUGGGAGGAGGAGCAAAUAGCAGAGGCAGAGACAGGGACAGGGACAGGGGCAUACUUAGAAAAGACAAUCUCAACAGGGAAUAUAGAGGGUUAUUACGCAGUUGAUAACGAGAUGAUGACGUCGAAACCUCCUCCCACUGUUGUGACCCCAAAGAAGUAUUCAUACUUAGAGAAGCUUGAGAACUUAAGCGGCCUAAGAAGUCCUGCAGCUCGUCAUUGACAUUAAAAAUAAUAAAAAUAAGUGUAGAACAAAGGAGACUUGGAAGAAGGAAAGGAGAUAUGAAGAAUAUAUAGGGCCAAUGUAUAGGGAACUUAUUGCAAAUUGUAGAUAUUAACACCCCUUCUAGGAUUCACUUGACAGUUCGUCCUUCCACUCAGGACAGGGAAGUCUUUGACUAUGUGUAAUAACUAUUGGAUGCCAAAAUUUUGGAAUGUUAAAUUCUCUGCGCUUCU